AUGCACUUCGGACCCCCCCAGAGACUCCAGGAAGAGAGCACAAAACAGGUGCAGGAGGAGCCCCUCAUGGAGCCCCAAGGCCAGCAGCCCCUGCAGGAGCUCCCGGUGGAGGAGCCCCAGCCUGCGCACUCAGGCCUGGAGCAGGUUCCUAGCACACAUGUUUACGUGGGCCACCUGAACCCCCAGUUCUCAGUGCCGGUGCUCGCCUGUCUGCUCCGAGACACCCUGGAGCGGCUGGGGGUGCCGGUGGCGCGGGAGCACAUUGAGGUGGUGAGGCGGCCGCGGAAGGCCCACGCCCUGGUGCGAGUGGCCACCCACGCAGAUACCCUGGCCUCCCUCCCCUGGCGCCUGCAAAGAGCCUUGGAGGAGCACCAGAUCAUCAAGGAGCUGGUGGCCCGCGGGAAGGAGCUGGUGUUGGGAGUGGGCCCCCGGCCCACAGACCACAGAGAGGAGGAAGACAGUGGCCAGAGCCCUGGCCCCAGCCCCGGCCUGAGUCGGAGCCCGGGCUCCGGCCUCCCACAGGCCAGGAGCACCAAUGCCCCACCUGCCCAGGUCCCAGGGAGGCCUAGCUCCCAGUACCGACCCAGGGGCACGCGCUCGGACAGUGCCAUCAUGCACCAGGAGAUCCAGGGACAGGAGCGGCUUUUCCAGGGCGCCUUCCUGGGCAGCGAGACCCGCAACGUGGAGUUCAAGAGGGGCGGCGGCGAGUACCUGAGCCUGACCUUUAAGCACCACCUGCGGCGCUAUGCAUGUGCCUUCCUCAACGGUGAGGGCGGCAGUCUGCUGGUGGGCGUCGAUGACAGCGGGCUGGUGCAGGGUGUCCACUGCAGCCACCGCGAAGAGGACCGCGUGCGCCUGCUGGUGGACUCCAUCCUGCAGGGCUUCAAGCCCCAGGUCUUCCCCGAUGCCUACACGCUCACCUUCAUCCCCGUGGUCAGCGCCAACGCCAGCAGCACGCCUCUCAAGGUGAUCCGCCUGAGCGUGCACGCCCCCAGGGCCCAGGCAGAGCCGCAGCUCUAUGAGACAGACCAGGGAGAGGUGUUCCUGCGGCGGGACGGCAGCAUCCAGGGCCCACUGACCGUCCACGACAUCCAGGAGUGGUGCAGACAGAAGUGGGCAGCGGAGCAGAGCAAGCUGGAGCAGAGGGUGAAGGCGUUGACAGUGGAGAAGGAGCAGCUCCAGCGGCAGCUGCAGCAGCGCAGCCCCUCCUCCUGCACCUGCUGCCUCCUGUGA